AUGUCUGUCCUGGAGGAUGAGGAGACAUACCCCCAGGACCAAGAUGGAUAUAAGAACCACUUACAAAGGUCUGAGCAGCUCGUGAAGCAUGAGACCCUUUUUGUGUUUGCUGUGGAGUUAUUCUGUGAAUAUACAAGAGAUGCAUACAAGAAGUACAGACACAAUGCACGAGCUCUACUGCUGGUAAAACAGACAGAGCAGACCAGACCAAACAAUAGGUUUGCUCCAUCAAAAGAGAAAUUUUACCACAGAACCAUUGUCCAGAAUGACAGUUUCUACAGGAGACUUGUUGCCACUCAAAGCUGUAAACCUCUGAAUCCAGGCCAGAAAAGCAAGGCUCCCUUUGAGUACAUAACCAAUUACAGGAUGAAUUAUGUGCCACCUCCUCUGGUGAAACAUUAUGUCCAUAAAAUUCAGAUAUACAAGGUCAAUUAUGUUUCAUUUGAUGGUCUCACUACACACAAAUUUUCCUACCAGGGGUGGGCUGGUCAGCCAACUAAGCUUCCAAAACCAUACCAGAAAAAAACAGCCCCUGUCCCUUUCUCCACUACAACUGGAUUUCAGGAAAAACAUAAAGCUUGACUACAGCCUCCUGUAUUCACCAGAAAACCUGAUAUUUAUCUUCUUCCUCUGGAGAAAAUGGACAUUCACACCACUACUUGGACACACUGGAAGCACCUAAAUGAAAAGCCAGCCAAAAUGUGUCGAUCUUUGGCCCAGCUUAAUAAAAUUACUGAGCCAUUUAACAGCUCUUCUACAGUGAAGGAAGACUAUAAGCCUUGGCUAUGAAAUGGACUAAAACCCAUCACUCAUGCUCCGACUUUCCCAGCAAAACCAAUAGAUUUCUUGGCUACAUUUUGGACCCAUCACGGACCUCAUUCUCUCACAGUUAUGUAAACCUACAAGCCUGUCUGGUCAGGCCCAAAGCAUCACAGUCUCCCAGAUGCUAAAACAACCUACGCUGCCAGUUACACACCAAAGAGCUGUGCUAGAUGCCUGGCCCCUUACAAAGACCCACCCAGUUACAUCUUUGAGAAAACUGACGCUGACAGCUUGAUUUUGUUUGGUAAACAAACUUCUUAUAAACCAGUUGCUGUUUUCAUAUUUGGAGAACUCUUAAAAUAA